AUGGCAAGAAGAUAUUGGAAUAUCAAUUUGGAAGAAAUGAUGGAAGCAGGAAUUCAUUUUGGUCAUGGUACUAGGAAAUGGAAUCCUAGAAUGGCGCCUUAUAUCUCUGCAAAGCAUAAAGGUAUUCAUAUUACAAAUCUGACUAAAACUGCUCGUUUUUUAUCAGAAGCUUGUGAUUUAGUUUUUGAUGCAGCAAGUAGGGGAAAACAAUUCUUAAUUGUUGGUACAAAAAAUAAAGCAGCUGAUUCAGUAGCGCGAGCUGCAAUACGAGCUCGGUGUCAUUAUGUUAAUAAAAAAUGGCUCGGUGGUAUGUUAACGAAUUGGUCCACUACAGAAACGAGACUUCAAAAGUUCAGGGAUUUGAGAACGGAACAAAAGACGGGAAGACUCAACCGUCUUCCCAAAAGAGAUGCAGCUAUGUUGAAGAGACAAUUAUCACGCUUGCAAACGUAUCUGGGCGGGAUUAAAUAUAUGACGGGGGUACCCGAUAUUGUAAUCAUCGUUGAUCAGCAAGAAGAAUAUACGGCUCUUCGCGAAUGUCUCACUUUGGGAAUUCCAACAAUAUGUUUAAUCGAUACAAAUUGUGACCCCGAUCUCGCAGAUAUUUCGAUUCCCGCAAAUGAUGAUGCUAUAGCUUCAAUCCGAUUAAUUCUUAACAAAUUAGUAUUCGCAAUUUGUGAGGGUCGUUCUAGCUAUAUACGAAAUUUUUGA